AUGAAGGCCUUGAAAUCAAAGAUUUUUACUUCAGGGAAAUCCAGGAAAAAAAUGCAUGACUUUGAGUGGCAGUGGAGAGAUAAUGAAGUAAAUUACAAAGAAAUGUCUGUAACCCAUAAACACAGUCUCACUGAUAUAAGAGAUCAGCAUGGUAAAAGUGAUGCAGGAAAUAGGCUUGGAUUAAGUUUUGGGGAUAAAUUACACAUGUUUCAAACUGAAGGGAAAACUUAUGCAUGUAAUCAAGUUGAGAAGUCCAUCAACAAUGGUUCCUCAGUUUCACCACUUCAGAGAAUUCCUCCUACGGUCCAAACCAACAUUGCUAGUAAAUGUGGGAGUGAUUUUAUUCACCCUUUGACACUGAUGCAAGAGCAGAAAGCACAUAGGGAAAAACCUUACAAAUGUCAUGAUUGUGGCAAAACCUUUAAUCAGGGCUCACACCUCACUAGACAUCAGAUAAUGCAUACAGGAGAGAAACCAUAUAAAUGUAAUGUAUGUGAGAAAGUCUUUAGUCAAAAUUCAAACCUUGCAAGUCAUCAGAGAAUCCAUACCGGAGAAAAACCUUACAAAAGUAACGAAUGUGGCAAAGCCUUUAGUCAAAAUUCACACCUUGCAAAUCGCCGGAGAAUACAUCCUGGAGAGAAACCUUACAAAUGUAAUGAGUGUGGCAAGGCUUUUUGCCAAAGUUCGAAAGUACAUAGUGGAGAGAAACCACACAAAUGUAAUGUGUGCGGCAAAGCUUUUAUUGUGCGUCCAAGCCUAAGCCAUCAGAUAAUCCAUACUGGAGAGAAACCUUACAAAUGUAUUGAAUGUGGCAAGGCCUUCAGACAAUGGUCUGACAUCAGGAUUCACCAAAGAAUUCAUGCUGGAGAGAAACCUUUCAAAUGCCACGAGUGUGGCAAAGCCUUUACUCAGGGCUCACACCUCACUAAACGUCAGAUAAUCCAUACAGGAGAGAAACCAUAUAAAUGUGAUAUAUGUGGGAAGAGCCUUAGUGUGCGGUCAAGCCUAAUUUACCAUCAGGUAAUCCAUACUGGAGAGAAACCUUACCGAUGUAAUGAAUGCGGCAAGGCCUUUGCCAAGCGUUCACACCUUAGGCAUCAUGGGAGAAAUCAUACUGGAGAGAAGCCAUAUGCAUGUAUUGAAUGUGGCAAGACCUUUCAGCAGUGGUCUGACCUCAGGAUUCACCAAAGAAUUCAUUCUGGAGAGAAACCUUACAAAUGCCACGAGUGUGGCAAAGUCUUUACUCGAGAGUCACACCUCACCAGUCAUCAGAUAAUCCACACUGGAGAACCUUACAAAUGUACUGAACAUGGCAAGGCUUUUAGGUAUUGCCUUAAACUCAGAGUUCACCAAAUAGCUCACAUUUACAAGUGUAACAAAUGUGGCAGUUUUAAAUUAGUACUGUGCACUAGAUAUGAUUAA